UCUCUCUCUCUCUCUCUCUCUCCUCCGAUGGCGACCGCCGCCGCCUCGCCCUCGCAGCAGCCGGUGCGCGUCGUGCUGCGGGUGCGCCCGUUCCUCCCGUCCGAGGCCGGCUCCGCGGUGGCGCCGUGCGUCCGUCUCCUCGGCGGCCACCCCGGCGGCGAGGCCACCGUCCACCUCAAGGACCAGCACACCAGCCGGAACGAGUGCUACAAGCUGGACGCCUUCUUCGGCCAGGAGAGCCGUGUCUGCGAGAUUUUUGAUCAGGAAGUCAGCGCUGUGAUCCCGGGUAUCUUCGAGGGGACCAACGCGACGGUCUUCGCCUAUGGGGCGACCGGCAGCGGCAAGACCUACACGAUGCAGGGCACGGAUGAUUUGCCUGGGCUCAUACCCUUGGCGGUUUCGACCGUCCUUGCUCUCUGCACUGGCACAUGGUGCUCUGUGGAGAUCUCAUACUAUGAGGUGUAUAUGGAGCGGUGCUAUGACUUGCUAGAGCCCAAGGCAAGAGAGAUCAUGGCGCUGGACGACAAAGAUGGCAACUUACAGCUAAAGGGUUUGGCCUGGGUGCCUGUGCGAUCUCUGGAGGAAUUCCACGAGAUCUACUCUAUAGGAGUGCAGAGGAGAAAAGUUGCCCACACAGGCCUGAACGAUGUUUCGAGUAGGAGUCACGCUGUGCUAUCGAUCAGGGUUAGUACGGAUGUUGUCAAAGGGAAGCUUAACCUCAUCGACUUGGCUGGUAAUGAGGACAACCGGAGAACUUGCAAUGAGGGGGUCCGGCUUCAAGAAAGCGCCAAGAUCAACCAGUCGCUGUUUGCAUUGUCUAAUGUCAUCUCAGCUCUCAACAAGAAAGAGCCACGUAUACCCUACAGAGAGAGUAAAUUGACUCGCAUACUACAAGAUUCUCUGGGAGGCAAUAGCCGUGCUGUCAUGAUAGCCUGCCUUAAUCCCGUGGAAUACCAGGAGGCAGUCCACACGGUAAGCUUGGCUGCUCGUUCACGCCAUGUUGUGAACCACAUGAGUUCAGCAAGCAAGCAAGAGACUCCUAAAGAUAAGGUUGACAUGGAAGCGAAACUGCGAGCAUGGUUGGAAUCCAAGGGGAAAACAAAGAGCAUACAAAGAAUGGAUGGAAUUCUCUCCCCAAAUGCAAGUAAGACUCCUUUAUCCAUGAGCCAUAGGAAGCAAUCAGCAUCUGUCAGGGUUUCUGGUAGAGGUAAAGCAAUGGAUCAAGAUGGUGGUAAAAUCAAGAAGGUGCUUUUUGACUCAGCACGACGUAUUCCAGCUGAAAACUUGCAGAGAGUGGGCACACAAGAUGAAGUCAAUGCAACAAAGAAAGUGGUGCUCCCUUCAUUAACUCCAAGCAAAGAUGACAGAACUGGAUCCUCUCUUAGGAAGGCACUUUCGCCGAUUUCUUCAAACAUGGCACCUCAAAACCAACAGACAGCUGAUGAUAGCAACUGUGUUUCUUUGUUGGAUCCGAAAACUCCAAUUGGAUCUUGUAGCAUAAUAGGAAAGGUCGCAGGUGCUACACCCCUUGAUAAAUUUAAUGCACUAGGCUCUAGCCUGAAGGAAUCUCUUAUUCAGCAAUACCUUGACUUCUUAAAUGUUGCAAACAAGGAAGAACUACAGAAGUUGAAAGGAAUUGGUGAAAGGAGAGCAGAUUACAUUCUUGAGCUUCGAGAAGAUUCACCCAGACCAUUUAAAUCUCUUUCAGAUUUGGGAAACAUUGGUCUGUCAUCAAAGCAGAUACAAGACAUUUUAUGCAAAACAGCCACUGGAAUCUUCAAAUGAUCACCAGAAUGGAAAUGGCACUGAACUCUACCACUUUGGAGAUGCUGGCUCAUAUUAACAGCCGGAUUGUUGUGGGUUGUGAUUACCUGCCAGGACUACCGCUGAAUCAAGCUAGCUCCCUCCUGUAUUGCCGACUUUAAGCAGUUUGUAGUGUGUGUAUCAUCCAUGAUUCCUUGGGUGUAUUUGUAACUGUAGUUUUCUCCGAUAAAUCCCUCUUUAGUUCGAGCUGCCACUGAUGUAAUUUAAUAUGGAGCAAUGGUUGCUCCUCUCUGUUGCAGAUUUCCUCCGUGUCGCCUUUUAGUUUGAGCUGCUUUCGUGAGCAAUAGGAAAUGAAAUUUGAUGGAAUAUUUCUUGCUACCACGAGCAGUAAAUUAAAUCCGUGAGCUGCUUUCACGAUUUCGUGAA